AUGCCACUCAAAGCGGACAGGAAAAUGACUAUGGCAGCAAUUGGUGCGGGUGGUGGACAGAGACGUGUAAGCCAACUUCCGCGAGGAUCAAUGGCUGCUUUGCGGGAUGAUGGUGAUCCGGAUUAUGUACCUGACUUUCCGGACGAGAAUGUAAGACCUGUUCGACCAGACGAUCAAUUGAAACUGUCAGAUGCGGAAUUAAACGAAGAACAUACUCGUAUAUUAACCGCUCGAAAUCCCCAAGCAGCCGAAAAUAUUGUUCGAUUUAGUCAUAAAGAUCGACUAUACAAACCUAUAGCUCAAGUCGAUCAAUUAGCUGUUCAUUUUCAGUUAGAUGGUAAUUUAAUUCACAGAGAUUCUGAUGAAGCCAAACGACAAUUGGCUAAAGAUGGAGCUGAGGCAGAAGAAGCUGUACCAGUCGAUCGUCGAGAUCAAGAAACGACGAAAGAAGGUGAUGAAGAAGACGAAGAAAAACCAAAGAAGGCUGCUGCUGGUGGAAAAGCAAAAAAAUUAACAAAUCAAUUUAAUUUCAGUGAACGAGCAUCUCAAACAUAUAAUAAUCCUUGUCGAGAACGAGAAACAUUUGUAGAGCAGACACCACGAAUGCCAUUUUCUGAUAAUGUUGCACAAUGGAGUAUUUAUGAUGCAUACAAGGAAGAUUUUGAUCAACAGGGUGAUGAUGUGGCUAAAUUUGCACGUUCAAAAUCAGCUAAUAUAUCAUUAAAAAUUAUCGAACGAAUGAUAAAUCAGAAUACGUUCGAUGAUAUUGCACAAGGUAAGUGUAAAGGUUUUAGUUUAAGAGUAUUUAUGACUUAUUUUAUUUUACUUAUUCGUUUGAUAUUCAUUAAAGACUUUAAAUAUUGGGAAGAUGCCGCUGAUGAAUAUCGUGAACAAGAAGGAAGCCUUUUACCAUUAUGGUUAUUUCAACAUGAUGUAGCAAGAAAAUUGGCUUGUACAAAUUUGGCAUGGAAUACGCAUUAUACCGAUUUAUUUGCCGUUUCCUAUGGCUCUUACGAUUUUUUAAAACAAAGUCGUGGAAUGUUUCUAAUCUAUUCACUAAAAAAUCCAAGUUUUCCGGAAAAUAUAUAUAAUACUGAAAGUGGUGUAAUGUCUCUUGAUUUUCAUCCAAAUCAUCCAAAUUUAUUAUGUUGUGGUUUUUAUGAUGGUUCAGUCGCUGUAUACAAUAUAGCCGAUGAAAAUAAACGUCCAAAAUAUCAGAGUACAGCACGAAAUGGAAAACAUACUGAUCCUGUAUGGCAGGUUAGAUGGCAAAAAGAUGAUCUUGACAAUAAUUUAAAUUUUUAUUCGGUGUCAUCUGAUGGUCGAGUUGUUUGUUGGACACUUGUCAAAAGUGAUUUGAUGUAUACGGAUGUUGUACAGCUCAAACUUGAGCAACCAGCAAUAGAACCAACCGAAGGAAUCCCUUUGGCAGCAUUAGGUUGUGGUACAUGUUUUGAUUUUAAUAAACAACAAGAUUAUCUGUUUAUAGUUGGUACUGAAGAAGGUAAAAUCCAUAAAUGUUCAAAGGCGUAUAAUAAUCAAUUUUUGGAUACAUUUGAUGCACAUAAUAUGGCUGUUUAUGCAUGUCGAUGGAAUACAUUUCAUCCAAAAAUUUUUAUUAGUUGCUCAGCUGAUUGGACAGUCAAAAUUUGGGAUAUUAAUUUUAAAGAACCAUUGUUUGUCUACGAUUUGGGAAGUGCUGUAGGCGAUGUAACAUGGGCACCUUAUUCUUCAACAGUGUUUGCCGCAUGUACAGCCGAUGGAAAAGUUUACGUAUUCGAUUUGAAUGUAAACAAAUAUGAACCGAUUGCGGAACCAAUUGUUGUACAAAAAAAGCGUACAAAACUAACUCAUAUUACAUUUAACCAACAUUAUCCAAUUUUAUUAGCUGGAGAUGAUCGUGGCAAUGUAACAAGUUUAAAAUUAUCACCAAAUUUGAGAAAAAAACCAAAAGUGAAAAAAGGUCAAGAAGUAUCGGAGGGACCCGAAGCAGAAAUAAGUAAAUUAGAAAAAAUUCUUGCUCUCAUUCGAGAUCCAGAUGAUAUACGAAAUAAGUCGCAACGUUCGCAAGCGUCAAAAGAUGGUGCACAAGUGGCGUCUACGCAACAAGCAACAACAGUAGCUGUCGCUUAA